UCAAGCCCCCAGUCCCCAGAUGGGACGCUUGGCCACACUUCCGUAACGUUAUACAGGAUCGUCCGACUAUCCGACUACCACCAACUACUACACGCUUUCCCGCGGAAAUGCGGUGCCUCGCCCUGGCUGGCAUCCUGCUCCGCACCUGCUCCGCCGUCUUCUUUCGCCCCGACGGCCGGGGUGAUCACGAGGCCAUGGCGUGCAGAGACGCGGCUCCUGGCGAGUGGUGCCACGCCGCGGUGCGGUGGGCCAUGGAGACCGGCCACCAGCGACGCCCCGACUGGUUCCCGGGCGACGCCAGCCAGUACAGCAUGCGGGACUUUCAGGCGCUCCUGCACGAGCUCGGCGAGGCCGAGUGCCCGCGGCCCUGUCCUGAGGACUCAGGCGGCCAGCGUCUCGCGCUGGCGCUGAUCCAGAUCCAGAGCUCCACCGUCCAGAGUCUGGCAGCGACCUUUGGCCUCAGGGCCGCGGAGUUCGACGCCCUGAUGGAGAGCAGCUGGGAGCCGAAGACCAGAGCGGGGAGCCUGUACACGACCGCGGCAGGCCAGCCCCACCGCACUGGCUGCCACGACACGCAGCCCGGCAGCUUGUGCUACCACGCUGUGGAGUGGCUACACGACAGGGGGUUGGCGAAGUACCCCGCGUGGUACCCGUCGCUCAGCGAAGACUCCACCAUGCAGGAAGUGCAGUCCGUCCUACACACCCUCGGCAAGGCUGGCUGCCCGAAGCCUUGCCAGGUCGGUAUAGCAAAGAGGCUCGAGCAGUCGCCAGACGACAUGGUGCUUGAAGUUGACGACAACGGCCGACAGGUGUUGAGCGAGGCCUACGAGCUCGCGGACACCUCGGACUGCGGCGACGCCAUGGAGGGCGACUGGUGUUACCUUUCCAUCCAGUGGCUGAAGAACACUGGUCUUGACAAGCACCCCGACUGGUAUCCCACGCUCACCCGCGACUCCAGCAUUGGGGUCUUUCAGACCGUGCUCCACAGGCAGGGCAAGAUGGGCUGCCCGCUGCCCUGCUCGUCGGACUCCGAUGCGGCGGAGCCCGUGGAGGAGCUUACGACCUCUCGCCCGGAGCCGACGGCCGAAGUGAGCCCCAAUGCCCUGAGGGUCCGCUCCGAGCUGGAGGAGUGCGAGGACGCGAAGCGGGACUCGAGCUGCGACAGGGCUGUCACGCGGGUCCUGAACACCGGUCUCUGGCUGCACCCGGAGGAGUACCCGGAGCUGAACCCAGACUGCAGCCGCGCGGAGGUCCAGGAGCACCUCUUCUUGCGCGGGCAGUUCGGGUGCGCCAGGCCCUGCCCGAAGGUGCACGUCGCCAAGCACCUUCGGGCCAGGCGCGUCAAGAAGAGGGUGGAGGACAUGACGGCCGAGGACCUGACCCGGUUCCUGAACCGCGAGUGGGACGGCUACGUCAACUCCGACGAGUACGACGAGUACGACGAGUACGAGUACCGCAAGGUCGGCGCCGCGGCCGCGGCCGAGGCGAAGGGCGCUGGCGGGCCCCCCGCGGCCGCGGCCGCCGCGGAUGGCCCGGCCGCCCAGGACAGCGCGGGGGCCGCCCCCGCCGAGGGCGCCGGCGUCGCCGGCGAGGCGCCGCCCGCCGCCGCCGAGGGGGCCCCGGCCGCCGAGGCGGCCGCCGACGUCGAGGAGGGCGUGGGCGCGGAGGCGUUGCCAGCCGUGAGCAACGAGACGGCCCAGGAGGCCUCGGAGGCCCAGGGCCUCUCCCCCGCGGAAGUGGCGGACGAGUGCCGCGACGCGAGGGCGGGCGAGUUAUGCUACCAGGCGGUGACCUGGGCCAUGACCAAGGGCAUCCUCGAGCGGCCGGCGUGGUACCCCGAGCUCUCCGCUCGGUCCAGCUUCAAGGAGUUCCAGGCGCACCUCCACCAGACCCGGGGGAGCCUCUGCCCGCGGCCCUGCGCGGCCGCCGCCGAGGCCCCCUCCGCGCAGGGCCCCACCACCGAGGAGCCGCGCGCGACCGCCGCCGCCGCGCCGCCGGCGGAGGCGCAGGCACCCGUGGCCAACGACAGCGCGCCAGACGCGGGCCGCGCCUCCGGCGAGCACGCCGAGCAGUCCACGGGCGGCGCGGGGGCGGCGAGCGGUACGGUGGCGGCGGACAGCGCGGCGCACACGGAGGACCACGGGGUGACGAACGACACCGUGGCUGAACUCAAUGCCAGCGUGCAGGAGCCCGCGCCGAAGCCAGACCCCGAGGCAGCCGACCUCUGGCGGCCAGAGGCACACGACGACACGUCGGAGGAGUUCAUUUCUGAGGAGCUGCUGCCCGUGGUUGACAGGUACGGACGCGCAGGUGGCAAUGCCUCAAAUGAUCCCUUGCAGGAUGUCGAGCAGGGCGACCGCGAGCUGGACAAAUUAUGGUCGACCAGUGAUUCCACCGCCGCGAAGUCCAGCGCUCGGCCAGUGAACACGAUGGCUCUACUCGAGCACGGGCAUGGCCACCAGGCCUCGCACAGACUUCCCCCAGCGGGCCCUAUUCCAAUGGGGCUCACUGAAGUCUAAGUUUGGACGUACAUAUGGCGGCAUGUAAAACGACUCCUUG